AUGUCGUACUCCGUGCGGAGAUCGAUGUCUGUUACUAAGGUCGAUGUCGUUGUCGUGUCCGCUCCAGCAAUCGACGUUGUUUUUGUGCUCGCGGUAGACGCUGUUGUUGUUGUAUUCGGCGCGGAGGUCGCGAUUGUUGCUGUGUUCGUUGUUGAAGUGAGUGUUGUUGUCAUCUUCACUCCUGAGGUCGCCGUUACUGCUGUGCUCGCCGCUGACAUUGGUGUUGUUGUUGUUGUUGUUGUUGUUGUUGUUGUGUUCGGUGCCGAGGUCGCUGUUGCUGUGUUUAUUGCCGAGUUGGGUGUUGUCGUUAUCCUCUCUCCUGAGGCCGGCGUUCCUGUUGUGCUCGCCGCUGACGUUGGUGACGUUAUUGUUGUUGCUGUGUUUGUUGCGGAAUUCGGCGUUGUUGUUAUGUUCGUUCCUGAGAUUGGCGUUGUUGUUGUUGUUGUUGUUGUUGUUGUUGUUGUUGUUGUUGUUGUUGUUGUUGUUGUUGUUGUUGUUGUUGUUGUUGUUGUUGUUGUUGUUGUUGUUGUUGUUGUUGUUGUUGUUGUUGUUGUGUAA